AUGAUGCAUGAUAAUAACCUUGUGCGGCACUUAGACGCAUGCGAGACUAUGGGCAAUGCCACAACGAUUUGUUCGGAUAAGACUGGGACGUUGACUACCAACCGGAUGACUGUCAUUCAGUCAUUUAUGCUUGGGAAAUAUUUUGGUGAUAACGAUCGGCAGCCGAGCAAGCACGAUCUACCAUCUGGCUUCGUUGGAUUACUUUCCGAAGCAAUUGUUGUUAACUGCUCCUACAAUACUGCAAUCGUACAGGGAACAAAGCCUGGCGAACAGGACUAUCAAGUUGGUAACAAGACAGAAUGUGGCCUUCUUGGUUUCAUUUUGUCGAUUGGCAGCAGUUAUGCAGCAAUAAGAGAACAGCAUCCGGAAGAGCAACAUGUGAAAGUGUUCACAUUCAACUCAUCGAGGAAAGCCAUGAUGACUGUGAUCAGACUUAUCGAGAACGGUGCACACACUGGCUAUCGGGUCUACCAGAAAGGCGCAUCGGAGAUUGUGCUGGCUCGUUGUAGCCAUAUCAUUGUUGCUGAUAACACUGUACAGGCAUUCGAUGAGCAGCAGCAUAAGCAGCUGAUGUCAGAAGUAAUCCAAGAAAUGGCUGAAAAAGGCCUGCGGACAAUAUGCGUCUCUUACAAGGACUAUAUCAUAAAUUCUGUCCGACAAGCCUCAUCCUUUGAAGUAAGCCAUUUUUUUCCUCAUCAGGCUGUGUAA